AUGGAAGAUCAGGUCUUUACCAAUGUUUAUCAAAACGUUAACAAUGCCAAUGUCUAUGAGAUUCCAGACUGUGAGGAAGACAAAGGGCAUAAUCUUUAUGAUCAUGUCCAUGAAGAUCCAGCAUCUCCUUCUUCCCUCGCUGCUAUCCUACAGAGCAUGGAUAGUAUUCAGGAGAGCUCAGAAGAUAGCUGUAGUAAUUCUGUGGCCUCUCAGCAUGGGGCUGAUGGGGAGGAUGGUUCUUCUUCAUCUCACCAUGGUGCUGACGAAGACCACCUAUACCAGGAGAUGGAUCUGAUGAGCCCAACUCUGGAAGAUAAACACGUAGAGGGCAUGAUGUUUGAGAGCAACAUGCAUUUUCCUCCGCAUUUCCAGUUGCGUCGGAGUCAGAGCACUUCUUCCAACUCUUCAACUUCCCUCAAGUUCCCGCCUAACAAUAACUUCGGAGAAACUGACAACUUUCAGGAAGAUUGUGAGAUUUUCAUGUUUGUAAAGGCUGGUAUAGAUGGAGAAAGCAUUGGGAACUGCCCGUUCUCCCAGCGUCUCUUCAUGAUCCUGUGGCUCAAAGGAGUUGUGUUCAACGUCACCACUGUUGACCUGAAAAGAAAGCCGGCUGACCUACACAAUCUGGCUCCUGGGACCCACCCUCCUUUCUUGACUUUUAAUGGAGAAGUCAAGACAGAUGUUAACAAGAUUGAGGAAUUCUUGGAAGAGACUCUUGCACCUCCAAAGUACCCCAAGCUGGCUGCUAAGCACCGGGAAUCAAACACUGCUGGAAUUGAUAUCUUUUCCAAAUUUUCUGCAUACAUCAAAAAUACCAAGCAGCAGGAUAAUGCUGCCCUUGAAAGAGGCUUGGUGAAGGCUCUGAAGAAGCUGGAUGACUAUCUGAGAACCCCUCUGCCUGAGGAGAUUGAUGCAGACAGCACUGAAGAGGAGAAAGUGUCUAAACGCAAGUUUCUGGAUGGAGAUGACCUGACUCUUGCUGACUGCAACCUUCUGCCCAAACUCCAUGUUGUCAAGAUUGUUGCAAAGAAAUACCGCAACUUUGAGUUCCCGACAGAGAUGACGGGGCUGUGGCGGUACCUGAAGAACGCGUAUGCCAGGGAUGAAUUCACCAACACCUGUGCGGCAGACAAAGAAAUUGAGCAAGCCUACGCAGACGUGGCCAAGCGGCUCAGCAAGUCCUAACCGACCUCAGCGGUGGCUCAGUAUCCCCUUUUACAGACUCUUCUCUUUGUUGCCUUAAGAUAUACUUUAUCAUU